AUGUCCUUCCAGCAAAUUCCCGAGCUCGAUCUUUCGCUUGCGCAAGACCCAGCGACAAAAGAACAGUUUCUUACCCAGCUCCGCCAUGCGCUUGUCAAUGUCGGCUUUCUUCUCUUGAGAAACUUCGACCUGCCUUCGGCAAAGGACUUGCAAGCGAUCCGGGAGCAGGCCGAGGCGUUUUUCGCUCUUCCACAAAGCGCCAAGAACCAGUGUGAAAUGGUCAACUCGCCGCACUUCUUGGGCUAUUCCCGCUUGGCCAACGAGGUGACAAGCCUGCAAACGGACUGGCGCGAGCAAAUCGACUUGGCCACGGAGCUUCCGGCGCCCAAGGACGGGCCGAUCUACCGCCAGAUCGAGGGCCCCAACUUGUGGCCCGACGAGGCUCUCGUGCCCGACUUCCGGCCCGUGGUGACCAACUACAUCGCCCAAAUGACGCUGCUUGCGACGCAGUUCCGCCGCCUUGUGGCCGAGGCGCUUGGGCUCGAGCCCACGGCGUUCGACAGGUUUUUCAAGCCCAACCAGCAGUGCAAAAUGAAGAUCGUGGCGUACCCGGACACAAAACAGCUCAGCAGUGCCCAAUCGCAUGUUCUCGAAGACACACCUUCCACUGGACAAGGCUGCGGGCCACACCGGGACCUGGACUUUCUCACGUACAUUUUCCAGGCGACCAACCACGCAUCUUUGCAAGUGCAGAACUUCCAGGGCCAGUGGAUCACUGUGGAAAACGUCCCGGGCACGCUUGUGGUCAACGUGGGACAGACGCUCGAGGCGAUUUCGAGCGGAGUCUGCAGAGCCACGAUCCACCGGGUGUUGAUCCCCGAAGCCGGCUCCGGCACUCGUCUUUCGGUUCCCCUUUUCCAAACGAUAGACUUGGACUCGCGCAAGACCGCCUUGGCUCUUCCAAAGGAGAUCUUGCAAGAGCGUGACAGGAGAGACGACGAGAUUGAAAACGGGUCCGGGGGGAAAGAGAAAAGAUGGGGCGACGCCGGGUUCCAGUUUGCGCCCGAUGCCGAGCAUCCGGUGGGACACGCUGUGUUCCGUAACAGAAUCAAGUCUCAUCCAGACGUGGCUGCCCGGUGGUAUCCGGAAAUUCUUCGUGAAGUUCAACAGGAGAUGAACGCGGCAAAGUCUUAG